AUGUUUGAUUUGUACCUCCUGACGUUCAACUGUGCACGCACGCUCGCGGAUCCCCAAUCACUUGCGCCCUCUUUCUUCGAUGCCCUGCCCAAAGGCGCUCCAGUCCCAGACAUUGUCGCCAUCUCCCUACAAGAAGUUGCACCCAUCGCCUACUCAUUCCUUGGCGGCUCGUAUCUGAAGCCCUACUUCGACCGCGUCACCACGACCGUCCAGCUUGCAGCAGAUCUGCAUAGCCAGGGCAGUCAGCGACUCGAGCAUGUCGCAACCCGCAGUAUAGGCAUGACGGCCCUCAUGAUUUUUGCAAAGCCAAGCUUCACCCAGCGCAUACAAUGGAUACAGUCAGCUGGAGCCGGCGUUGGCUUCUCCAACAUGGGCAACAAGGGCGCAGUUGCUAUGCGCGUAGGCGUUUCGUGCCCGACCUCAGCUUCCGAGGAGACACUGAACCUCAGCUUUGCUGCUGCCCAUCUUGCGCCCUCAGAGAAGAACGUGGAUGCUAGGAACAAAGAUUGGGAGAACCUUGUACGCAACUUGGUUUUCGUCAAUCACGACGAUUCGGCAUACAGCUCCAGUGAAGAGAGGCCCUUGCCCAGUUCGCACAAAGCGCCUGGCGACAAGAACGGCCUCUUCACCGCUGGUAGCCAUGUGUUCUUUUUCGGAGACCUCAACUACCGGACGCACGAUGCCUCGCCUGACGAGGAUGCUCAUAGAUCAUUCCCUUCGAUGACGGCCGCCGAAUCAUCACCAAAGCAUUUCUCGCAGCUGUUGAGUCGGGACCAGCUUAUAAGGGAGAAGGAAGCUAACCGCACCCUCCAUGGUCUCGAGGAGCUACCCAUAACCUUUCCUCCGACCUACAAAUACUCCACGUCGCACAACAGCGACAACGAAUGGCAAUGGGCCAAACACCGCUACCCAUCGUGGUGCGACAGGAUACUGUACCUGCCUUCCCACACGUCAAAGCUUGAGCCCCAGAUCUACACAGCCCUUCCGGUACAAUCGACGUCAGAUCACCGACCUGUGGCUCUAUCCGUGCGUGUCGACGACAAACCAAUUCCAGCACACGGUAGCCGGGUCGAAGCACCUUACUCCAUCAAUCCUGAAUGGAAAUCAAGGCAAGAAGCCGCUCGACGGUGGGAGAUCAUGGUAGGUGCGGCGUCAUACCUUGCUUUGACGAAGAAAGGCAACGCUAUGCUCGCCGCGCUCAUUGCUGUGCUGCUGGGAAGUUGGUGGAUAGCCGCUUGGUUCAGAGCAUAG